AAGCGAGCGAGGGGGAAGAAGCGCCCAUUUGGUGUUUUUUGCUCUUGUGUCAUUUUGUUAAAAAGAACCUCAUUGGGAACGUUGGACAGCAAUUAUUUCUCCCCUCAAUUGUCACCAAAAUAAAAAAUAUAACGCAAGCGAUAUGGAAAUUUUGAUCAUGGAUGGACAAAGAAUCAUGCAAAAAAACCUCGUAAUCUGCGCAACACAGUCGUAUAUUUAAAAUAGCAGAGUGUUUUUUACGCGCAGACUUUAAAGUUCUGCCCUAUUUCGGCAUGAUGGAGAGGGUUUAUCUUUACAAGAUGUUGCGCGGCAAAAAAAUUUAAAAACACUCUUCCCCGAUGUUUACACACAGUCUGCGCUCGACUGACACACAACGAUCAUGAUCUUUCUCACGGGUUGCGCAAAUGUGCUGGUUGAGAAGAAAGGCCGACGAGAAGAUGGAUGGUCACUGUGAUGAGGUAAAAAGGAGCGUUGCCCUGGCAGGAGAACGGCAGCGCGCCCCAUCACCAACCUCAUCUGUUAAACCCCUGCUUCCCAGUAUCUUUUGAGAACUGGACGUGUUUUGAUCCAUGAUGGUACCAACAGUCUCGGCUGCCGUGCUGGCUGCGGCAUGUGCGCUGAGUAUCGCAGGAACGGCGGUAUUUGCUGCACCUCCGACGUAUUAUCCCAGCCCGGGAGGACUUGCAUAUCCUCCCGCACGUCGGAUGAAUCUCACGGAAAACUAUUUUGGAACGCCUGUUGAGGAUCCGUACCGAUGGAUGGAAGAUCCUUUCUCAAAGGAGACUAUCAAGUUUGCUUCCCAACAAAGUGAUCUCUCUCUCAAGUACUUAAAGUCUCUUCCGGACCGCGAACUUUUUAAGAAGAGCUUCCGGGAAAUCAACCGCUUUGAUAGAUAUGGCACUCCUUUCAAAAAGGGCGAGUACUGGUACUAUCUUGCCAACCCUCAAGGCCAAAACGCCCAAUCCAUUUUGUAUCGUACCAAAGAUCUCCAGAACCAAAAACCAGAGAUUUUCCUUGAUCCCAACACGUUGUCUCCUCAGGGUGUCGAUCGUGUAGAUUCUUGGAGCUUUUCUCCCGAUCUUUUAAAGUUUGCUUACUUGGUCACCAAGAACGAGACUGAUUACUCUUGGGUGGGCUUUGUGGAUGUGAAGAGCAAGAAGCCCUUUGACACCUAUCUCCGUUAUGUCAUUCGUUCCAUGGACCAGUACUACUUCCGCUGGGCCUCGGACGGCACUGGUGUGACCUACGCACGCUACAAAGCACCCAAAGGUCUCUCCUGGGAUGACGCUGGCCGAAACAACGAUCUGUUCCCCUACGAGUAUGACUUGCUCUUUCACAAAUUCGGUACAUCGAUUGAAACCGACACAAUAUGCGAGGAGUCAGUAUGCCCCGGCGCGCCCUCCUUUGCGCCUGAGCGACCUCAACCACAGAAAUUUGCUGUCGUUGAUGAUGGGAAGGGUGGAAAAAUCCGGAUUGCCUUGCCAUUGAAAAAGGAAAACGUCUUUACUCCCUGGGCCCCUAGCGUCGACACACCUGAAUUCGACUGGGGAUCGACGAAACAAGACGCCGGUCCCUUCGAUACCACCUUUGUUGGCACAGCGGGUGGUAUGUCUUACUACCGAACGGACGCUGGUGCACCUCGUGGGAAAGUCAUUGCCAUUCCUGAGGCUGAGGGUACUGAAUUGAGAGCUGUCGAUGUCGUCCCUCAGGACAAGGAGUUGGUUUUGGAUCAAUCCGUCCAGAUCGCUGACGGAGCACUUGCGGUCUUUUACCUUGACAAUGUCAAGCACGUCGUCCGCGUCGUAAAGGUAACCAACGGCACCAGCAGCACGAUCUACGAAUUUCCCCAGCGGAAUGGAGCCGCAACAGAUAUCAAAGCAGAUACGGACCUCCAAACGGUGACCUUCAAAUACGAAACCAUGAUUGAUCCCGGCACCAUUUACAUCUAUAACCUCUCGACCAACAACGUAACUGUCUUCCGAAAACUUCAAGCGCCGGCCGCCGUAGCGCAAGUGGUAUUCGAUCAAGUCUUUUUUAACAGCAAGGAUGGAACAAGAGUACCAGCAUUUGUCGUUCGUCCCAAGAAUGCACAAAAAAAUGGGCGAAACCCCGUUUGGAUGUACGGAUAUGGAGGAUUCCAGAUCAACGUUAUGCCGACAUUUAGUGCAUUUGCUGUAGCAUUGGCGAGGCAUUACGGCGGAAUCUACGCCCUUGUCAACAUCCGCGGUGGAAAAGAAUACGGAUCUCCCUGGUAUGAAGGUGGAUCCCUCUUUAACAAGCAAAACUGCUUCGACGAUAUCAUAUCUGCGGGCAAGUUCUUUGUCAAGGAGGGAUGGACGCGCGAGGGAUUGUUGAGCAUCCACGGCGGAUCCAAUGGCGGCUUGUUGGCUGGUGCGGUCUCCCUGCAAGCUCCUGGCCUCAUUGGUGUGGGGUUGGCUGACUACGGAGUCCACGAGACCCUCCGCUUCACCAAUUUCACGUUUGGUCCCGGCUGGGUGAACGACUAUGGUCGUAACUUUGCUGGCAAGGAAGUUCUCUCGGCCCUCAAAUGGGCACCUGUCUACAACGUGAAACCCAAUGUCCGGUACCCAGCCAUGCUCAUCACCACCGGAGAUCACGAUACCCGUGUGAGCCCUUUGCAUAGCUUCAAAUUCGCGGCGCAUUUGCAGAGAGUUUCCCACUCGGUCUGGGGAGCCAAACCCGUUUUGUUGAGGAUUAGGGAAUUGAGCGGCCACAAUAUCUUUUCUCUCCUGCGUUACAUGGACACCAUGACGGACAAGGUCACAUUCUGGGCUCAACAACUCAGAGUCCCAUACAGGCCGUAAUUCUAUCAACGGUCUUGCAUAUGUAUCUAAUUGCGACCUCAUUGAUAUAUAGUUUAGAUCUAUACGUUUCGCAAUAGAAUCUUGCAGAGUAUAAAAGUAUCAAGUGUUAUAGAGUGGGUUGUGGGUGGGAGAAACUCUGUCGUCGUGUACCAAAAAGGUCUCAUUCAAAUACUUGAGGCAAAUAAAACGGUCAAACUGUUUUUUUUAUGCCAA